GAGCUGAGGCUGCAUUCUAGAACUUGUGUGAGCAAAAAUGGAAGCGGUUCUAGAGUCUUCGUUCAUCCACACACUGUUUAGUAUCUUGCCUAGUUUGCCUACUUAAAAGAGCAAUGAAGCAGAGUUUAACUACAGAACUUGCAAGCAACCAAUGCGGAAGCUGUUGACCAAAGUGUAGCGCCAUCAAAUGGCUUCAACGGGGUUGGCUGGAAUUGCGAUAGUCCUUGGCGCUGCUGAUGUUCUUCAUGCCUUUGCCAUUAUGGAGAAGGAGGACGUGUUCAGGAGGACCCCUUGCCCAGCUUUUCUGAUGUUUGAAAAUGCUGCUUACUUGGCCGACAUGAGCUUCGAGUUGCCUUGCAAGUGCAAGCCCGAGGAGGUCACUUCUGUGGUUUGGUACUUUCAGAAGAACAUGGGCAGACACCGGACUAAGGUCUUGACAGACUUUGAUGGCACUUUGGUUGUGGACUCGAGCCACAUCAAGAGAGGCGUUGACAUGCUCCGGCGCUUCAGCAUCAGGAUGUUCAGCCUCAUUGUCUUCCGCGUUCAGGUGGAAGAUUCAGGGCACUACAUCUGUGGCACCAAGAAAGGGGAUUUCUUCUACGGCUACGAUGUAGACGUGCAGACUUCCAAAAACAUAGCUGUUGCCUUUGCAGAUGAGGAUCAGCACCCACAAAAGGACUUCAACAGAACACACUUCGUAGUCUUUACUGUCUUCUGGGAAUGGACCAAGUGCAAUCGCUGCGAUGUCAGAGGCGAGCAACGAAGGGUUGGGCUUUGCUAUGUGCAGAGCCCUUAUCUGCUCAGGCGAUACCGUACUACCAUACCAGAGGUAGCUUCCUGCGGCUCCAAGUCUGUCCCAAAGCAGUUUCGGGGGGUUCCGAAUAGGAAGCCCGAGGUCGUUAUCCGAAGUUGCAUGGCACCUUGCAGGAAAAAGAUGUCCUCCAUGGGAGAGGCAUCCAUCUCAAAUGUCAUCUCCAAGCUUGGGGAAAAACCCUGGGUUCCUGACAUCCCUAUCCAAUUCCAUACGCAAUCUCUUGGCAGUGGGUUGAUCAUAGCCUGCCCUGGUGCCAGGCCAGAGCAUGCUGUGGCUUGGGACAAAGACUCAACCCGGAUGUACCUCACUAGGUUCCUUACUGGGGUCAACAAGAGCAUGAGGGUCUUCAUUGAUCACGGAAACCAUCUGCACAUUCGCAUGGCCCAGAUGGAUGACAGAGGCGUCUACUACUGCUGGCGAGAGGGACAACUGGUGGCUGGCUUUAGGCUCGCUGUUGUGUACGAGAGCCGCCACAAGAGAAGCAUUGAUGACCCUGAGACACAAUACGCCAUCAAGGCCAUCUUCACAAGCUAUGUCUUCAUCACCCUCCUCUUUGUCAGCAUCCACAUUGUCCGCUGCUGUGUUUACGCCUUCAGGUGCACAUCUGUGGAAUAGCACCCGCCAGGAAAACUGUUCAGGAGCUCAAUUUAUUCACUUUUAAAAUUUGUUGUUGUUAACCCAUUUACCUAUUGAUCUAGUAAAUAUUUAAUUUAUCAAC